AUGGUAACUUUACUUUCGUCAUUUCCACGUCUUACCUAUUUGGCAGUGUUUGCUGAUGAUUUGGAUAAUGAUAUGGCUAAUGGUUUUGCCUGGGCACGAGCAUUACAACAUAUCAAACAUUUCGAGUUUGAACUUGAAUUCUCUGAUGAUGCUUUCCGACAACAACCAUUCAAUCUUGACUCAUUUCGCACGAAAUUUUGGCUCGAGGAGAAAAAAUGGUUUGUUACAUACGAUCGAAGCUUUAACGUUGAUGAAUGUUUAAUGCACUAUUCGAGUAACUUUUCAAUUAUUUGCUAUCCAUCACCUCAGAGGAUUCGAACGGUAGUAUCAGAAUCAAAUGCAUCAGAGUCAACAUUUUUUUCUUAUGUUCAUUGUUUAAUAAUGGAUGAUCAAUAUCUGAAAUGUCAGCACUUACACCCGUACACUAAUAUCACAAAGUUGUACUUGUCACAAGUUACUACUACAUUUCCUUCGACGCUCAAAGAUCUCACAGCUGAUCUUGAUACAUCACAAAUUACGACAUGUAGCAUUGGUCGCGAGUGGAAUAAAAAUUUGCCUUACGAACACAUCGAAUUUUUACACAGUUUACCUCGUUUAUGUCGGCUCGAAGUAUCUGGUAUUAGUCUCAGUUGUCUUUUUCUUUAUCAAUGGCCUCAUAUUAUUCAUUUGAAAAUUGAAUAUGAUUACGAGCAUAGGAUUCAUGUAUUAUCGUCAAAUGAUAUCGAUGCACUUUGUCAUUCGUUUACUCAUAUCGAACGACUUGACAUUCACUCGUCAUCUAUUCCUGAUCUAGCACAAGUUAUUAAUAGAAUGAAAAUGACAUUGAGAGAAAUACACAUUAGACAACUAUGCAACGUCGACAAUGAACAAUUUAUAACUCGUGAAUGGAUCAAACGAAAUACAGAUGUACAAAAUUUUUACUACACAUGUAAUAAUGGGAAUGUAGUCAGAAUGUGGCUUUGAUACCUCUGUCAUUAGGACAUUUCACACAUUGAUUUUUCUUUUUAUUGUAUCUAUAAUAUUCAUUUUGUAAGAAAAGGCAAAUCUUUAUAAAUAUAUUCCUACUUAAGCUAAUUACAUAGGCUGAAAGAUAAAAAUGUCAGAUUCCCGGUUGGUAUAAGCAAUACUGACAAACAUGAAAUUGAUCAAAAUAGUUUCUUUAAUCAAACCAGAUCGGAAUGAGUUCUUUGAAUGGAAAGUUUAUAAUUACUUUAAUAAAAAUCGGUUUUCUUUUGCAUGAUAGUCUACUCAUAUUCAAAAUAUUUUCUUUCAACUCAGCUUUUACAGGUUUCUAAACAAAUGGGAGCAAAAGCUCUCACUCGUAAUAGAAAUCUCCAAUCUGGAUUCUUGAAGAUGCAAUAGGAAGUAAAUCAAAACGACAGAUCUUAUCUUUGUAAUUUUAAAGACUCUUUUCAGAAUACAUGGACAAAUCAGAAGGCAUAGUAAUUAUAAGAGAGUCAUAAGAUUUUGAAAGUUUUUUGAGUUAAAUCUAUCAUCUUUUUCUUAUAUUUUGAUGUCUACGGUUUAUUAAAAAAUAAAGCAUAAACAGUCAACAUCAUAUAGAUACAACAGAAAAAAACAAAACUAUUUAAUCUUUGAAAGCAAGAGUUUUUGUUCGGGAUGUUGAACAAGUGAUAUCUUGUAUAGAAUCAAUAUCUCCAUGUUAAUUGAAUAUGGGAAAUCAAUUCAGUCUUAUUCAUGCAUUUCAAGUGAAUCAAAGAUUCUCAUCCAUCCCGCUACUCAAGUUCUUGUCAAAAGCAAGUUUUCACCAGCUCAAGACCUAUAUAUUAUUUAUUCAGAAGAAGUUGAGCCUCCAUUUCCACUGUCUACAACAGCCUUCUAUAUCAUCAUCAUCAUCAUUGAAAAUAACAAAAUCGGAGAAACAGAUGCAAGAAAAUUCAGUAUCGCCGUCGUCAGAAAAUGUAGCUCCAAAAUAUCCCAAAUCGAAAAUGUAAGGAAAGUUAGCAGCGAAUUCGAGUAUUUUCCAUGACUAUUCGCCUGAGUGGUUAAGCCAUAAAAGAAAACUAGUAAGCCAUCUACAACUCGAUGAGCUCUAUCCAAUGGUAAAAUCGGAUUUGGGUGUGGGUGUGGGUGUGGUGGGUGUGGGUGUG